AGUACUGAUAUAUGCUACAACAUGGAUGAACCUUGAAAACAUUGUAGGGAGCCAAAGAAGCCUGGCACAAAAGGCCACAUAUUAUAUGGUUCCAGUAAUACGAAAUGUCCGGAAUAGACAAGUCCAUAGAAACAGAAGAUGAUAAGCUCUACCAGAGAGACGUAGAAGUCGCACUGGCUUUAUCAGUGAAGGAACUUCCAACCGUCACCAUUGAUGUGGAGGAGUCUCAAGAUAAAAAUCUGGAUCAGAUCCCUGGGGAGGAUGAUUCCCAGGGUUCUCAGCGGAGAAGAAAAGCGGCAUCCCAAGCCGUGGUCCAGCAGAGGAAGAUUCUUUUGGAAAACAGCGACGGCGACGUUGCCGAUGACUCCGAAGCAGACUUUGCAACUGGUGAGGAUUCUGAGGACGAUUCUGAUUUUAGUGAGAGUGAAGAUGAUGAAAGUUUCACUGUGAGAAAAAGUAAAGUUAAAGAAAUUAACAAGAAAGAAGGGAAAGGGAAAUGUCCAGUUGAAAAGAAAGAGAAGAAAGCCAAAUCCAAACGGGAUGAUGUGGGUGAGGAUUCUGAGGACGAUUCUGAUUUUAGUGAGAGUGAAGAUGAUGAAAGUUUCACUGUGAGAAAAAGUAAAGUUAAAGAAAUUAACAAGAAAGAAGUGAAAGGGAAAUGUCCAGUUGAAAAGAAAGAGAAGAAAGCCAAAUCCAAACGGGAUGAUGUGGUUCAGGCCCUGAUCCCCUCUCACCUGGGUUACCAUAGAGCCGUCUAG